ACCGAGUCUCCAGCGCCAAAGUCGAACAGCGUCGUUCGUCCUCGGCACUGAAACGGCUCAGUCCGGCCGGUCGGGCUGCAGAGUAACAGGGCGGAACUGCAGAGGCUACGUUACCGCCGAUUUUACAGAAAUAUACAGCUUCAGUGUAUAAAAACGCUGCUGUCUGGCAGGUCAGAGGCGGUCAGUCACCCAGAGUAAUGGAUCCGGUAAUGCGAAGGAAAAUGAACACUAAAAAGGAUAAAGAGAACACUGAACCAGCAACGGAAGGCAAUAGAUCAACAACCCAGCCGACGCUUAAGAACAGGAAAGCAGGUGUGGAGGCACGCGGACUGGCCAAAGCCAGUAAGAAAAAUGAGGGAGCCACCCUCAGGGCCACCAAGACCCUGAUUGAGCAGCAGAAUGAGCCGAGGGCGGGGCCAGCAGCUCAGCCGUCCAAUGAGAAGCGCCGGACCAUCAGCCAGGCCUUCCUUUCCCAGCAAGCAGUGCAGCAGAAGAAGCUGGUUGCAGAGGUUGUCAAGCCCCAUGCUGCCGGCCCACCCAAGCCCAUCCCAGGCACCUAUAAGGGCCGGGUGGUUCAGUCUAAGGUGAGCUCCUUUUGGAAGCCAGCUGGUGGCGACAGUGAGGCAGAGGCUAAAGGCCCCGCAAGGCCGAUGGCACCAACGGCAGCCGUCACAAAGUCAGGGAAUUUGACCAGGGCGAGAGCCAUGUCCACAGCUGCUGCAGUGCCCGCAAAGCCCCAAGUGCAGAAAAUGGCUCUGCCCCCCAGAUCCAAAUCGGUACCACACAAGCCACCUCAACCCCCAGCCAACAAGAACACAGGGAACACGAUUCCAAAGCCAGCUGCCCCCAAGCCUCAGCGGCCAGCUCCUCGCCUAGAGUCCUCAUCGAAGGGGCCGGCUGUAGGUGCCCUGGCCAGACCAGGCUCCAGCAAGGCGCCUGGCACUCUAAGGAGGAAGGAGCCGAUUCUGAGUGUCAAGCCCAGGCCUCCAGGGGUGGCAGCAACAGAGAAAAGAGCCCCAAAGCCUCCGAGCGCCAGUACCAUGAGCCAGUACCGGGUUACCACGGAAACCGCGGAGGAAAGAAGAGCCAAGCUCUCAGUGUGGCUGGCCGCCAAGGGGAAGACCCUGAAAAGGCCCCCGGCCGCGUUGCCCACCGCAGCCAUUUCGAAACCUGCGACCAAACCGCACCCAAAGCCCAGAGCUGACUCCCAGCCCCAGACUGUUGCGGGAAAGCCGGAUUCGAACUUGCAACUUCAGCCUAUGGUCCAGCCAGGAUUGGACCUCUUACCUGCCGGGGAAUCUGUGUCUGACCUCGGGUCAGAACCUGAGAGACCGACCUCACCCAAGCCGGACCUGCUGAACACUACUUUGGACUUGCUGGACAGCUCGGACUUGGAGCUGUCCGUGGACCCGGAAAUCCGAAUGGAUGAUCUGGUGAUUAAUCUCUGCACUGCUAUGGAGGCCAUGGAAGUGGCUUCAGCGUCCGAUGCGAAUUCAGGAGACCGUGGCAACAGUGAGGAGGACGUCGGAGAGGAUAAAUUGGACGAGAUGGAGGGGAACAGAGAGGAGGAGGACAUCCCAGUGAAGGAGGAGUGUGAAGAGGAGCUGGAGCAGGAUGAUGAAGUUGGGAAGGAGGUGGAGGGAGCAUCAGUGUUGAGAUACAGCGUGAGGACCACACCCUACCUGCAGAGUGUGAAGAGGAGGAUCCAGCAGGACGCAACUCCGGGCAGCGUCCCCCGCCGCCAAAGCACCAUCAAGGACCUGAAGUUCCUGACGCCGGUGCGUCGCUCGUGCCGGAUCCAGCGGCAGUCCGCGCGGCUUCCGGCCAUGCUGGCGGAGCACGACCCGUGCGUGGCUUCUCUCGCCGAGCUGGCGCGGCUGGACGACGCCGUCGGGGAUGUUAGCGCCUACAUCUACCGCCACAACCCCGCCCUGCCGGACGAUCAGCUGUACCAGCCCAAAGAGGCGGGCCUCUGAGAGAGGGGGGACCAAUCAGAGGCCAGCUUUGGUGUGAGUGGCACCUGAGGCUGCAAACAGUAUGUAGUGUGGCUUCUGCUGUCAUGGAGGCACUAUAUUUAACAAUUGUGCCAUAUUUAGUCACCAAGUUUUUAUUUAUUUUUCUCAUCCUGCUGCAGUUCUAAGCAGGACCGAUGGUUAAACAGAGGCCUCAUAACCCACUUUGAGGGUGCUUGGUGCUCAGUGUUUUGGUUAAGUCAUUUCCGAUUGGCUUAUCUGGCAAUGAUUGACAGAUGCCCAGUUAGCCCCUCCCCCCACUGUGGGUGCCAGGCUUCUGUUCCUGUUAUGGAGGUUACCAAAGGCUGCCAUGAGUAAGUGGCCUGAGUCUUUGGUCCUUUUAAGCGACAGGCUGGAGGAUGUUGGUAUGCAUCAUGGGGAUGGUGGGGGUUAGGGGGGAAUCUACUUAAUUGCAUAACUGGCUCAAGCACUAAUGUACAGUAUUUAAAAAUGGGCCUUAAGCUUGUACUAAACUGCUUCAUGCAGAUACACUGCUAGCUGCAGUCUUGCUUCUGUUAGAGCUCAUAGUACAGUGUGGUACAGUGUACUGCUUACCCUAAUUCAGCCUGUGCUUAUGUUCUACUACUUAUUCCUCAUGUGGGAAUUGGGUGUUUUAAUAUGAUCUGACUGUGGUAAAUUCUAACUAAAUAUUAAGACUGACUAAUGACCCGCUGUUUGUGUGCCAAAGUGCAAUAUCGUAUUGCUCUGUUAUAAAAGAAAUCAGUAAAAAUCCAUUGGCAUGGAAGGAAUUUGUACCCUGAUUAUUUUAAAAAAAUAAAAUGCUGAAAUAAACUAAA